UUUAUUUUUGGUUUUGUAUAUGAACGAAUAAUGGCGGGAGACCCCCUGCGACGCAAGAGGAAAGUCAUGACUCCCGUUAUAUUUGAGGCUGCCAGCCAUUGCCCGCUUGUGUUGUCGAAUCGCCAUAUUGGUUGCGGUUAUGCAGAGGACUUUGUUAAGGGUCGAAAUAUACAGUAUUUUUCUCCAUGUUUUAUCAAGGAUAAGGUGGUGCAUAUAGGAUGUCUGCAGACUCAAUCCUGGAGCAUAACUAUGGAAUGCAGCUGGCAAAACCCCUGCAUGUUCAGCAGCUGGAAUCAGCACUACAGCUUCAGCCUUUCAUAAACUUUGUAGAAAAACUUGUGACGGAACCGGUAUUUGGCAGUGAUGACAGCUCUGACAAUGAUGUUGAGUUGCUGCAUCCUGGAUACAAGGAUGCAGAAGGCAACAAGAUGUUCAAUGGCAUCACAAUUUCAAAGACAGAGCUGAAAGCAGACAAAACUCGGCUGUACAAUUUCACUAAGAUAAAAAAAAGCAGACGAUGGCUGAGGACAAUAUUGCUGAGCGACAGUUCAUCAGAUGAUGAAGAAGAGGAACGCCCUGUUACUCAUGAGGACUUGCAGUCCAUGCUAAAAAUACACAAAUACCAGAAAAAACAUCAGAUGCGAUUUUACCAGAAUCCAGAGCUUCGAAAAUACCAGUAUUACAGCACGGGACUGUUAUCAAACUAUGACAAAUAUCCAGAGCAUCACAAGUCUGUAGUUGGACCAAAAAAGAAACUUUCCAAAGAACAAAAAAAGAUAGAGAAAAAGGUCAAAGCUAAGCUGAAGAAGCUGAAAAAGGAAAAAAGCAUAAAAGAAGAGGAGGAUGAAGAUGAUGAGGAUGAAAUAGAUCCAGCUUUACUGGCUCUUCUUCAACAACAGCAAGCCCGCAAAGAGCGCAGGCCUAAGAAACUAACACCAGAACAAGCUGAUGCAAAACGACGCAAGAUAUGGACUUCAAUUGCAAAGAAGGAAAUUCCUAGGGCACAGAAGCAAAAAGCCUCAGCAAGAAAGGAAAUGAUGACAGUUCUGAAAAAAGUUUCACAGCAGUGUGUGCGAGAGUGCCGGCGGUCUGCAUUACAAUCCCAGAAGACAAUGAAGGAAACACCAUCAAGAGCUCGGCGGCUGACCAGAGAAAUGCUGAUCUACUGGAAACGCUUCGAAAAAGUUGAAAAGGAGCACCGCAAACGAGCUGAAAAAGAAGCACAAGAGCAGCGAAAACAUGACCUUGAACUAAUGGAGGCUCGAAGGCAACAGAGGAAACUGAACUUCCUCAUCACUCAGACAGAGCUGUAUGCUCACUUCAUGGCACGCAAAAUGACUGGAGAGUCUGAUGCUAGACGAGAAUCCAUUCUUAGCCAGCUGAAUGAUGACCAUGGCGGGGGUUCAUCUCAUCGUCAAGUUGAUGGGGGUGUUCUGGUUGAUGUUGCUGGUGACACUUACAACCCAGAGGAAAUGAAAAAGCUGGCUUUGAAAAAUGCAGAGACAGCUUACAAAACACACCAGGCAAAGAGGCAGGCUUUUGAUAGAGAGUGCUCAGGGCCAGGAACUAAAAUAAUUGCAGAAUCUUUAGACUCUGGCCUGUCAGAUCCAUCAAUCACAGAUGUAGAACAACCACAGCCUGGCAUUUUUGAAGGCAAGCUCAAAGGUUAUCAGUUGAAGGGAAUGAAUUGGUUGGCCAACUUGUAUAACCAAGGCAUCAAUGGAAUCUUGGCAGAUGAAAUGGGCCUUGGCAAAACCGUCCAAAGCAUAGCAUUUCUUGCUCAUCUGGCUGAGGCUCAGGGCAUUUGGGGUCCGUUCUUAGUGAUUGCUCCAGCCUCAACCCUCCAUAACUGGCAGCAAGAGGUCUCCAGGUUUGUUCCAAACUUUAAGGUGGUUCCCUAUUGGGGUAAUGCCCAAGACCGCAAGAUUCUGCGCAAGUUUUGGGACUCAAAGUCACUGCACACAGAAAGUGCAUCAUUUCAUGUGGUGAUAACAUCCUACCAGCUGGUAAUUCAAGAUGUUAAGUAUUUUCAGCGCAUUAAGUGGCAGUACAUGGUGUUAGAUGAGGCCCAAGCCAUUAAAAGCACGUCCAGUGUGAGAUGGAAGAUUUUGCUGGGAUUUAACUGCCGUAACCGACUGUUGCUGACUGGCACCCCUAUACAGAAUAGCAUGGCAGAGCUGUGGGCACUUCUCCAUUUUAUCAUGCCAACCUUGUUUGAUUCGCAUGAUGAAUUCAACGAGUGGUUCUCCAAGGACAUAGAGAGUCAUGCAGAAAAACAAUCAGGCAUUGAUGCAGAUCAGUUGUCUCGACUUCACAUGAUCCUGAAACCCUUUAUGUUGAGGCGUGUCAAGAAAGAUGUGGAAAACGAGCUUUCAGACAAGAUUGAGAUAAUGGUAAAUUGUCCUCUUACAAAAAGGCAGAGGCAACUGUAUGCAGCAAUCAAGCAAAAAAUCUCUAUUGAGGACCUCUUGCAGUCAACAACAUCAGCAAGUUCUCAAGCUCAGUCCACGACAUCCAGCCUGAUGAAUCUUGUCAUGCAGUUUAGAAAAGUAUGCAACCAUCCAGAGUUGUUCGAGAGAAAAGAGCCCAGAACCCCAUUUUACAUGUGUUUGGAAGAUUACAAUCUUCCUAAAUAUUUAUAUAGGGAAGGUUUGCUUGAGAUGAAUUUAAUGGGGAAGGACCAUCUGGCCUUAAAUAGGUUUUAUAUUCACUCACCGCAUAAUGUGCAUGCAUCUUUGCAAUGCUUUAGAGGUUCAUAUGUAAAUAGCUGUUUCUCAUUUCUGCGUCUCAUCAACAUGUCACCUCAGGAAUUCCAUGCCUACAUGUUUAGUGGCCUUCUAGUCAGGUGGCUCGGAUUGUUCCUUGCUUCAAAAGCUGCUUAUAGGAUACACCAUGCUCACGACUGGUUUCCAGGCUUCUUUGCUGCUAAAGAGUGCCUCUUACUGGCCCCACUGAGUGUGACUUCUCCUGAAAACUUAUCAUCUAGCCCCAACCUCAGUGCCCUAGUGUUCUCAAGUCUUACAGGAACAGUAUACACCCAUACCACUCACACCAUCCACUAUAUUCCAGAGACCCUUGCACACCGACAUUCACGUCUCCGACACCUGCGACAAGCUAAAAAAUCUCCACUCAGCCCACCCACGUCUCCUACCAAGGUACAUUCUCCAAUUAAAAGUCCCACUCUAGAAGAAAUGAUUCAUGGUGUACAUCCUCACAAAUGGCGACCUUCUCGUAUGGUCAGAUGCCAGCCCACUCCUAUCCCAUUGUUGGUGUAUACACUUCUUCCCAGGGUGAUGUGCAAAGCUCACAGUAUUUACUGUGCAGACCGAAGUGCUGAAUGGACCAAGAUGCGCAUGAGCUUAUGUGGCACUUUAGAAGCAAGACAGUCUCUUUUGUUCGGCACACCUGAAUUAUGGCAAGAACACCGCUGGACUGCUGCCCGAUUUCACAACAGUCCUCCAGCAGGAAUAUCUGCUGUACAUCCACACUUUGGCUGGCAUGCAGUUCAGAUACCUGACAAGGAGUCCCUGGUAAGCGAUGCCGGCAAACUUUACAUCUUGGACUCCCUUUUGCAAAGGCUUAAAGAUGAGGGUCAUCGGGUUCUUAUCUACUCACAAAUGACACGCAUGAUAGACUUGCUGGAGGAGUACAUGGUCUGUCGAAAGCACACGUAUAUGAGGCUUGAUGGCAGUUCGAAGAUUUCAGAUCGUCGGGAUAUGGUGGCAGACUUCCAGAACCGCUCAGACAUCUUUGUCUUCUUGCUAAGCACACGUGCAGGAGGCCUGGGCAUUAAUCUAACAGCCGCAGACACAGUCAUAUUCUACGACAGCGACUGGAAUCCUACAGUUGACCAACAGGCCAUGGACAGAGCCCACAGACUUGGUCAGACAAAACAGGUCACAGUCUAUCGCCUCAUUUGCCAGGGAACUAUUGAAGAGAGAAUCUUGCAGCGUGCUAAGGAGAAAAGUGAGAUCCAGAAAAUGGUUAUUUCUGGAGGCAGUUACAGACCAGACACCCUUAAACCAACAGAGGUUGUGUCCCUUCUUAUUGAUGAUGAUGAAAUGGAAAAGAAAUUGCGCCAGAGGCAGGCAGAGAAAAAAGAAGAUGGCAGAAGGCGCAAACGAAAGGAAUACAAGAAACGAGAAAGCAAACGUAGCAAAAUGGAAACUCCUGAAGUCAAUGUGACUAUCCCUGCACCAGACACAGAGUCCCUGGCCAGCCAUGACUCCUUUUCUAUGCCAACCAGCCCACAGUCUGUGAUGUCUGUAGGAAGUGAAUGGCAGUCUUCAUCUUUAGUAGGAGGAGCACAGGAAGACAGCAGCAAUGAUGGUGGGCUUGUCAUUGUUGAUGAUGCUCACACUCUUUUCCCUCCAGUGACUAGCACACCUACAAAACCUCCCAAGAAAGGGCGGGGACGUCCAAGAGGAUCGGGUGUUGGACGCCGGCCAAGAGGGAGAGGAAGUGCCAAAAAGACAAUGACAGCAGCAGAAAUUGCUGGUGCCCAGGCUGGCAUGACAGCUGCAUAUGCAGCAUAUGGCUAUAAUUUUACAGGAAUUGGUGCAAGUGGGUCACCCUGCCCUCCAGGUUCCUCUGGUCGAAAUACCCCUACUGUUUGAUGGUUUUAUUGAAGCCUGAAGACAUCUUAUCCAAAGUGGUAGAUGUCUGAACUUUGUGCCAGUAGAGCAGUACAAAUUCAAGAAGGGUGAAAAAUCCUGUGUCAACUUGUGAAACUGAGUGGUCAGUCUGAACAAAAUACUCUGGCUGCAGCGAAAAAGGAUUAAUCAGAGCAUUUGUUUAGGUAUUAUAAAAUUUGGGUUUUUAGUUAAACUUUUUAAGUCGAGCCUUACUGUUUGUUUUUAUAUUUUGCAAGUAUGUUGGACCUGUUUGAUUGCAAACCCCUUUGUGGUUCAGAUUUUGUUUUCUGAAAGAAAGAGAAAGAAGACUGCAAGAAUAGAAAUAGCUUAAGUGUUUGACACAGAGUGAAGCUGCUGUCCAUUAUGCAAGUACUCUAGCUGUCGAGCGUAAAUACUUUCAGGAGGAAUGAUCUUGAAAAGCAGCUCUCAAGGCUGUGGGGAAAUCUAAGUAUGACUUUGACAUUUUGUUGCCCUCGUUUCGCGGAUUUGAUAGACAAUCUAGGUGAAUAGUUUACAAACAGAAUUUUCACUGGGCAAAAUGUAGGAUAACACUUAGAGCUAAGAAACAAAAGUGUUCAGCUGUUUGGAAAACUGAAUAAGCUCUAUCAUACUUGACAAAUCUGUUACUUGCAGAUCAUUUACCACUAAUAUUUAGUGUUGAAUCAUCUGCACAACGAUUUACGUGACCUUGUAUGCACCUGAAAAUGUUUGGUCAAGAAAGCCUUAAAAAUAUGUGGCACUACUAGUCUUCAAUUUAGUCAAUUUAUUUAGUAUCACUUUGAAAUGUUAAUGUCCUAAAAACCACCCAGACUCUGUUUUAUCAUUAUUCGUUUAAUUUUGAAUGGAUUUACCCGUGGGAUAUGUAUUGACUUUUGCCUUAGAUAUUGCUCCUGCUUAUGCUUUGUUGAUUAUGAACACAAGUGCCCAGAAGUUUGAUUUUUUGUUUGUUUGUUUAUAAAGAAAAUACAGUUAUGUGUAGAUUAUUGUUGUUAUUGUGGUUAGGAAAGAAUAGGAAAUAGGCUUAUUUCCUUUAUGAAACUUUCAGCACUGUUGUCCUGUGCUUUUGACCUUCAUGCUUUUUCUUGCUUUUGUGAUGUUUGUGACAAGGAAAAUAAUAUAUUUGGGAUAUUGUCACCUAUAACUUGUCAACUUAGUAAUUUUUGUCUUAAGUUGUUUUGAAGAAACUGUUGACCUUGUGAAGGAUGCAGAAUUCUAGUUUUAACUGAUCAAGUGUGAUAUUGAAUGUGAUUGCACGGAAGGCCUGUUGCACGGGGCAACAGAUUUGAAUAAACUGGAGUUAGUCUACUUUAAGAUCACUAUUUUUGUAAUAAAAAAAAAUCACUGGUUUUAAAGUAAACAGCUUCAUAAAUAAUUUAAAAUCCCUUUAUCCUGUACUGCUAUAUUCCAUUAUAUGCACAUAAUUGUAAAUUUGUACAUGUUGUUUUACAAUAUGUUAGCAGAUACAAAUUCUUUGGCUCUGUAAAUAAGUCUUAAAUGUUGCUUUCUUCCCUAAAGUCCUAUAUUAAGCUGCUAUUUUUUUCUCACAGUUCUUUACACCAGUCCUAACUGAUAAAAACCUUUUCUGUGUCACGGUAACACUGAGAACAAGAUAAGCGGCUAUGAAAUCAUUCCUUAACAUCUGCACGAGGAAAUGUGCUGGUGUUAUGCAGGAUGUUUGGCAAACUUGAACAAAGUGCCUAUGACUGAAAGAAAACUUACCUGAAGACAGAUUUGUGAAAUCAUUGAAGGCUGAAUUAUUUUAAACAAUUUUGACAGCCCUCACCCCCAAUAGCCCUUGGUGCUUGCUCAUUGACCUGAUUUUACAACAGUUUUCAUAUAAGCUUGAUAAGGUGGCACUUUUUUCCAAAGGGUGUGUGGUGGAGCAACUAGCCCAGCAAGUCCUAAUCAAAGAUGUACAUCGUCACAAAUGGACAUCAGAGCUUUCAGUAUUGUCUUAUCUAGAUAAGUGUGCUUUAUUUUAUAAUUCGACAAAGACUUGGCUGUUGAUAUUUUUCUAUGCCAUGUUGAAAAUCUUUUGUUGGUUGAUAAAACAGUUUCUAUGCA